GAUUUUUAUUUCACGAAUUCAGCAGUAUAGCUAAAAAGAACAGAUCAAUUGUCUAUCCUAUGUGGCCUGUUCUUUUUAGCACUUUUUAGCACUGCACAGCUGAACUGGUGCAGUAAGUUGAAAUGAGAUAAGUAGAUGUUUGCUAAGAAGAAUUGGCCACAUGCUUCACUGUUCUCGGUAAAACUAUUUCCUCGAUGAACUGACGUUGGAAUGAGUAAUUUUGCUACCACGUUACAUAUUGUUAGAGAUUUUAUCGGCACGACCACUUUAUCCGUAACAUUGGAAGCAGCAAACGUCUGAUUGGAAAUUUGUCGAUUUUCUCUUUUGGCAAGACAAAGCACAGUGGUGAAUUUAUUUUCUACACACAAUGCAAGCAAGUGAGAGUGAUGUUUUAAACAUAGGCAGAGUCUUGAACGAUUCUGCCAGGCCACUCAAGGAACGAUUUCGUGCUCUGUUCACGUUGAGGAAUAUUGGUGGCGCAGUGGCUAUAAAUCAGAUUCAUGCUUGUUUCAAAGAUGAAUCUGUGUUGCUAAAGCAUGAACUAGCUUAUUGUUUGGGUCAGAUGCAAGAUCCUCUAGCUAUUAGUAUCUUAUCCAGUAUUUUGGAGAACCUGUCGCAAGAACCAAUGGUACGCCAUGAAGCAGGAGAAGCGUUGGGUGCUAUUGGUGAGUACAAUGUGAUCCCAUUAUUGGAAAAGUACAGCAAUGAUUCAGUGCCUGAAGUAGCUGAAACCUGCGAGUUAGCGUUGUGUCGACUGAGAUGGUUGGAGUCCAAUAGUAACAGAGAGGACUCACGGAAGAAUCCAUAUUCAACUGUUGAUCCUGCACCAUCUGCAGAAAUAACAGAUGUAGAUGCUCUGAAGGAAAUCUUGCUAGACCAGAGCAAAUCUCUGUUCGACAGAUAUAGAGCAAUGUUCUCAUUGAGAAAUCUAGGUACCGCAGAGAGCAUUCUUGCUCUUACCAAAGGUUUGGAAACCGGCAGUGCUUUGUUCAAGCACGAAGUGGCUUUUGUAUUGGGACAACUUCAGGAGGAGGCAUCUGUGCCGGCACUGCGAGCGUCAUUGGAGAACACGAAUGAGAACGAGAUGGUCAGGCACGAAUGCGCAGAGGCCUUGGGCUCCAUUGCUACUCCUGAGUGUUACGAGAUAUUGAACAAGUACCUGAACGACAGUAAACGAGUUGUCCGUGAAAGCUGCAUAAUUGCUCUGGACAUGUGUGAAUACGAGAAUAGCGCGGAAUUUCAGUAUGCGAAUACGUUGGCCAAGCUUCCUUGCACCGUGUAACAUCUAUCUUCAGAGUGCUUGAUGUGCUUCUUUCCACAGAAAGCAAGAAGAGAAAUAUAAAUAAUUUCCAGAGCAUCCAAACGUGUAGAUUCCCAAUCGAAUAUUUCAGGGAAACGCUGAAUAAUAAUAUCUUCAGAUAAAUUUAAGAUAAAAUAUAAAAUUAGACGUGUAUCUUAAAAUAUGUGAUAAAUUUGAAACUUAAAGGUAAGAUUGAACUAUGAAAACUGUUCUUAAUUUCCUUUAUUUGUACAAAGUAUUAAAUUUAUUUUGAUAUAUCGGUUGUACAAAAGAUAGCAAUGUCGUAUGUUUUGGUUCGACAUUCAUCACAUUUCAAGCUUGGCUUUCUGGUAACAUCAGAUGCAGAAAUGUCAAAAGUGCGAUCAACGCGACAAACCUGUUAUAUCCAUAGAGGUAUUAUAGAUAGAGGAGGGAAGUCGUCUGAAAAGGCGUCGGCUGAAUAGAAAGAGAAAGAAAGUGAAUUUGACCUCUUCUCUCUCUCGCACAUUCUUCUGAUUGGCUGCGGCGACACCGCAUAUAUAGAUAGAUGAAGCCCCCUUCUUCCUCGCGCGCCAAGCAAGAGAGGGAGGGCGGUUAACGUUAGCCCCUAUACUUAGGUAAAACUUAAAUAUAACAAAACCUUAUAAAUUACUUCAGCGUCAGUAGCAGAGUGGGCUAAACGUUUUUGUCCGUACGGAGAUCGAUUCGUUUCGAAUCUACCAAAUUUUUUUUUAUUAAUUUUUUUAUUAAUUUAUUAAUUUUUUUUAUGAAAAAAAUUAAAAAAAACAAACGGGCGUGUUAGAUGUUUUUUAUUCAUUUUCUAAAGAGGAGACGAAGAAUGUCAGGUAUGUAAUAAAAAAAAUUUUGAACAAUAUGUAGCAAAGAAUACACGAAGUGUAUAGUUAGAAUAAAAUAAAAAAAUUUAUUGGAAAAUAACUAUGUAUGUAUAUUUUUUAAAACAUUAGAUGCGUAUUUAAUUAUUCACCUUUGAAAAUCGUUAGUUUCGUGUUCCGCAUACGAAUACGAUUUUUCACAUCGCACAUUUUUUCGCUUUCGUGCUUUAAGCGUUUAUCCACGUAAUUUUGAACUAUCAUAAAAAUAAGUUUAUGAUGAUGAUCAGAUAAUGGUUCUUGUUCGAAAUUGUGUGUGUCAUUUUUGA